GGCGGUUUGAAAGUUUCUUCCAUCUUGAAUCUUUAUUCUUUUUCGAAACGGUCUCGCGUGUGAAGCCGGCUUGAAUCCAACAUUCCAUUAAACGUUACGUUAUUUCUACUUAAUCUAAAAUAAUACGGGGUUCCAUUUAAUUGCCAUGUGUUAAAAUACAAAAUUUUCGGUCAAUAGGUUUUCCAGAUCAGAAUGAACUAGGUAGGAAGUUUUUAAGUGUAGGCUAUCUUUUCAAAGUAUAGAAUGUGGGGAAUGGCGUGUACCUAAUGCAAAGUUGCUGACUAUGAAAAUCACUGAUUGAGUGAGGCAUCAGUCAUGUAGUUAUGCUGAUUAUAUGUUCUAAAUUAGCAAAACUGUGCUUUAGACAAGUUGGAGGCUUACAACCAUACAUUAGAUGUUUUUUCACUCUAGCCCUGAACAAUAACGUUAAAAUGGCAGUACCUAGUCGAGCCAGAGUUUAUGCGGAUGUAAACUCUCACAAACCCAGGGAAUAUUGGGAUUAUGAAAGCUAUGUGGUGGACUGGGGACAACAAGAUGAUUACCAGUUGGUUCGAAAAUUAGGAAGGGGAAAAUAUAGUGAAGUUUUUGAAGCUAUAAAUGUAGUUAAUAAUGAAAAAUGUGUAGUCAAAAUAUUGAAGCCUGUCAAAAAGAAGAAAAUUAAAAGAGAAAUUAAAAUAUUGGAAAACCUUAGAGGUGGUACAAAUAUAAUUACUUUAGAGGCAGUGGUUAAAGAUCCAGUAUCUAGGACGCCUGCCUUAAUUUUUGAACAUGUUAACAAUAUUGAUUUUAAACAGCUAUACCAAACCCUAACUGAUUUUGAUAUAAGAUUCUAUCUUUAUGAACUGCUCAAGGCCCUAGAUUACUGCCAUAGCAUGGGAAUAAUGCAUAGGGAUGUAAAACCACAUAAUGUUAUGAUUGAUCAUGAGAAUAGAAAGUUACGAUUAAUUGAUUGGGGUUUAGCAGAAUUUUAUCAUCCUGGGCAAGAGUACAAUGUUCGUGUUGCUUCCAGAUACUUCAAAGGGCCAGAAUUGCUUGUAGAUUAUCAGAUGUACGAUUACUCCUUGGACAUGUGGUCUUUAGGCUGUAUGCUCGCAUCUAUGAUAUUUAGAAAGGAACCUUUUUUUCACGGACAUGAUAAUUAUGACCAGUUAGUUCGUAUUGCCAAAGUAUUAGGAACUGAAGAACUUUUCGAAUAUCUUGAUAAAUACCAUAUAGAAUUAGAUCCUCGAUUUAACGAUAUUUUAGGAAGGCACUCGAGGAAAAGAUGGGAACGAUUUGUGCAUAGUGAAAAUCAACAUUUAGUAUCUCCUGAAGCUCUAGACUUUUUGGAUAAGCUCCUGCGAUAUGACCAUUUAGAACGUUUAACAGCUAGAGAUGCUAUGGAACAUGCCUAUUUUUAUCCUGUAGUGAAGGAACAAUGCAGAAUGUUGUCUACGGUGUCUUCUUCUCCUACACCAGUUCCGGCUGGUUUGUCUAUUGGAGCAGGAGAGUAGGUUCUUAUGAAAUUGAAAAGAAAACUAGAUUAUAAAGGGCGGUCAAGAAGAGUGCAGCAUUUAAUUCUUGAAUAAAAUGUGUAUUUCAACUUCAAAUUCAAAAUGCAUGAAACGAACAGUUUUUGAGGAGCUUGAAGUGGGAUUUAUACAUUCCGUACUGUAUCCAUAAAGUAAUCUCAACAAACCAACGCAUUCCAAAAAUUACAAUGUAUACAUUUAUCGCAGUAUAAUAUGGCGCAUGCGUCGUGAAUUGUUAAAAAUAAGUAAUUAAUUAUUGUUAUAUUUACAAUAUUUGCAUGCCCUUUUCUGAUACCGAAGGCCUCAAUGGUCAUACCUGAGGUUUGCCAGCAGCUGGGAGCUUUUUUAUUUUGUUAUUUUUUAAAUUUAUUUAUGCAGCGUUUUCAUUGGUCCAACGCAACGCAAAAAGUUAAAAGGUGUGUUAAAGUACGAAUUGUUUCACCUCAAGUUUCAACUAAUUGCUUAUUUUCAACUUCUCAGGGUAGAGCUAUGAUUCUGGUGCAUCAAUCUAUAAAUUGAGCCCAAGCCACUUCAAAAACCAUAUUGUUGAUAAAACUGAAUGUGUAGAAAUUUCAGUACGACUUUGAGAAAGGAACAGUGCCAUUUUCAGAAAUUAGGUUUAUUAUACAGUGCCCGCGAAAAAGUCUGCACCAUAUGAAAUUUUUUUCUGCUCAUCCUUACUUCAUAUCGGUUUUCGGCAUUAGGUUCUGCAGGACUGAAAACCAAAAAAAUACCUAAAAUUUUUGACUCGAGUCUUGCCUCAAAUGCCAUUUGAAAAUUUCGAACAAGGAAAAGUGGCAUUUUUAUAAAAAAAUAUGAAAAAAUUUUAUAAGAAAAUAUUGUUCCAAAUGACAUUUAGGAAUAGUUUAUAAACAAACAAUAUGAAAUUUCAAUUUGAGAAAUCUAAAAUUUUCAAAAUAGUCCAGAGGCGUAUCAGAAUUUUAAUAGAAAUAUUUCUUUUUGAUGUUCAAACUCUUAAUUAGAUUAUUAAGCUUUAAAAAACCAUUAGUCAGAUACAAACUAAUUAUUUUAGAGGAAUGGUCGCGAAAGAAAUCCUAAAAAUAUUAUUUUUCCGUAGAUAUUCGAAAAAAAUUAAAAAAAAAAAAAAACUAAUUUUUUUCAAAGUAAAAAUAUCAAAUUAGACUAAAAAUGUCAUUUGGAACAAUAUUUUCUUAUAAAAUUUUUUCAUAUUUUUUAUAAAAAUGCCACUUUUUCUUGUUUGAAAUUUUCAAAUGGCAUUUGACAGGUGUGAGGUAAGUCUCGAGUCAAAAAUUUUAGGUGUUUUUUUGGUUUUCAGUCAUGCAGAACCUAAUACCGAAAACUGAUUUGAAGUAAGGAUGAGCAUAAAAAAAAUUCCCAUAUGGUGCAGACUUUUCCGCGGGCACUGUAUAGACAAGAGGAUCAAUCAAAUAUGUUUGGUUGUUUUGGAUAAUUUUCACAAUUAUUUAUUUAAUACCAGGACUUCUAUUGUUUUUCAAACAACAUUCUUUCAUUUUUAUUAAACAUUUUUAUCGCGUUGUAGAGUUCGUCAUUAAAUCAAAUGUGGAUUGGGCAAGUGCAGCACUCGCUGGCGGCGAGUACCAUACUGCCAGUUUCCUAUAUUUUUUGAAGACAACAUUCAGGAACAAAAAUACAGGAAUUAAAAUCCUAUUUUACAAAAAUAUAGGUCUGCAUGACCAGAACCCCACACACAUUUCUGGAACACAAAUAAUACUGUUCUAAAAAGAGUGUUCGUACAAGAUCCCCAGUAGCAAAUUCUGUAGGAUAUAUUGGAUUGAAUUAAAGAAAAAUAGAUGUUAACCACAUUCUGAUAAUUAUCAUGUUUACAGAAAGGUUGUCGCCAAUGACAUCAAAACACAGAUAGACGGAUCAUCCCAUUCAUAAACUAUUAUUUGUUGUGUUGACAAGACCACCCAUGGGCCAGGGGAGGUGAGUUGCUCGCGGGGUCGGGGUAGGGAGACAUCAUUGCUCAAAAUGGUGUAAAAAACCCCGCCCACACGUGAAUAUAUCUCGAAAUUUAAUUGGAUGAAUAAAUAAAAUAACAAAUUGACAAAUAAACUGAAAAUAUUCGAUACGAGCCCUUUAUUCUGGGAGUACCAAUAUCGUGUUAGUCGUUUCUUGUUUAACGCUAAUGAAUAAUCCCUGUUUGCAAUAAAGAUAGCUAGCUACUACAAUCAACACCUGCCUGCCAUGCAACAAGCCGCUUCUGGGCGGUGUUUUGCUUUAAUCUGCUGUUGCCAAAUUGAGUUCAGAAAUAAAAUUGAAAAUGUUAAUUAGAGGAGAAAAAUAUAUUAUUUAGGGAUUCAAGACAAAAUUUGGCAUUCUCAGUGGUGGGGAUAGCACAAAGACCCAAAAGAGACAGAGAGAUGUUGUCAUACGAAAAUUUUGUUUAUUGUUCGGUCUAUCUGUGUUUUGAUGUCAUUGGUUGUCGCUCACUGGAGCGCAGCGCACGGCAGUAGAGGACUUUUCAAAUACAUUGUUUUAAAUGGGAGUACGCUCACUUGUCGGAAGAGCACCGAUCGGCAUACUCCCAUUUAAAACAAUGUGUUAUGAAAAGUGCUCUACGCCGCGCUUCCGUGCGCUGCGCUUCAGUGAGCGUCAGCCUUUAAAGGUUGUCGCUCACUGGAGCGUAGCGCACAGCAGCGCGGCGGAGAGGACUUUUUAAAUACAUUGUUUUAAACGGGAGUACGCUCACUUGUCGGAAGAGCGCCGAUCGGCAUACUCCCGUUUAAAACAAUGUAUUAUAAAGAGUCCUCUACGCUGCGCUUCCGUGCGCUGCGCUCCAGUGAGUGUCAGCCUUUAGUGGUCCACUGCUGACAUUCAAUAAAUUGUUUUAACAUUACUAUUUUUCAAAAAUGAAGUUGAUUGUUGAGUAAGUAGUUUAUUAAUUUUCUUAUAAUCUUCUCCAGUUUCAUUGUUUACAUCAAAACUUUCUGAAACCGUAUUCCAGCUUCUUUUCUGAAUUUAACUAGGUACUAAGAACUAAGAAAGUGUUUUUUUUCUUCAAAAAUUUGUUUUGCUUGGGUAUUUUUAACUUCAAUGACACUGUUUAUCUUAAUUAUGUUUAUCAUAACUGCACCUUUGUCGGUAAGGUCUAAGUUAAUGGGAAUCAUAAUUGGCCACAGAGAUCGUGUGACGCCAUGCAACUUCUAGCUAUUAUCUUUUGUGAAGUCUCAUGCAUAUUUAGAUCACAGAUCACCCAACACUGAGUAAAACUAGACACUCCAUCUAAGAUAUUGAUCAUGAUUAUUCUGGGAAAUUUCAUCAAAAGAACGAGAAUGUGCCAGCUAAGGCGGGGCUGUUGUAUUUACAUACCUGAACGGGGCUCAAUAUGCUAUAAGUUGAAAUAGGUAUACAUGUUAUUUUACCAUUUUGCAAAAUCAUAUGCAUUUUAUUCAAGAAUUAAAUGUGACACUCUUGUUGAAGCACCAUUUUUUUAAAAAUUUUGUCAGCAUAUUCUCAUUUAUGCCAUACCAUACACAAUAACAUGUUAAAUAGGUAGCAAUCAUCAUUUGAUUAACAAAUUAUAAGAAAAAAUGCUUUCAUGGUAUGUAUUUCUUAUCAAAUACAUAUUUGGCUGUAAGGAAAAACGAACUUUUGCGCAGUACAAAUGUUUUAUUAAUUGAAGUUUUACAUAUAUAUAUUUCAAUGGCAGAACAAAAAUUGAAAAACCAAAAAUACUGAAUAUCUUGAAAAAAAAACUUCUGAUUUAAAGUCCCUUUGAUAGCUUAGCCUCAAAUGCAUGAAAAAAUUUGAGUUGUAAACCAUUCAUUUGAUAGAGCAUGUUUUUUUUUUAUAUUGGGAGUGGAAAUUAUUAAAAUAUACUUUUACUUGGUGGUGAAGACUGAAGAUUAUAGUUAAACCCUAGAGAAUUGAGCCUUUCCAAUGUACUAUAAUGCCUUAAUGAAAAAUGAUGUAAUAAUAAUUAUUGUACUUACCUAUCAAUUGAUAAAAUAGUUGUAUGUAUUCUGAUUUGGGGAAUUACUGUCUGAUUUGAAUAUACCUACUCAAGUGCCCAAUUCGAGUUGAAAAAUUGGAUUGCUUCUGUGGAGAUUAUUUUCUAUAAACUCAAAUUGGAUUAACGCUUGCAUAUGGUGACUAUAAUCCAACAUAAAUAUAGACAUGACCCUUGGCUAUAUUGGCUGUGUACUGAUCAGGUCCGAUUCUUGACUUUGAAAGUAGCACUGCUCAAUAAAACAAUUAUUCUGUUGUUCACUAGCUACUUACAGUAACAGACCAAAACAUAUUUUCUCCUGGGCUGUUGCUUCCCGAUUUGAGGAUCAACCUUUGGCAUUAUAUUAAUUGAAUAUAUUGUUACUGUGUUUAUGUUUAAACUUCCAAUGAUUUAAUUUAAAGACAAUUUACCAGCAUAUUUUAGGGAGAUGGAUUGUAUAAACUCCUACAGUGUUUUAAGAAAUUGCCAACCUACAGAGUAUGAUGUCUAUUAGAAAAAAAGUGUUUUAUUUUUUCCUAAAUAGGAUAAAUGAGAAGCUCCUCCAUUUAGAGAUAUUAUAUACAGUUUAGUUUGUUGGUGAUUAGGACAAAUAAAUGUAUUAUAAGAUGUGUCUUUUUUUUUUCUAUUCCUGUUAAAGAAUUGAAUGCCAAACAUAGUGAGAUAUUUGAAUGUUUUUGUCUUCAUUAUUGACAAACUAAACUAAUAAUACUAUAAAAAUGUAGUGACUAAGUAUCCCAGUCAUCCAUCAUCCCAGACCUACUAUCAUCUCUUUGGCCCUCUGUAUGUUAUGGGGUGGACACCCUCGAUGAUUCUCCAAACAUUUGAAAUUAUAUGUAUUCACGUUUUAAUUUUUUUAAUCAGAAAAUUCACAGUACAGAGGGUAUGUGCAAAUCCACUGCAUUUUCCUCAUAAUAUGCAGUUGUAUUGCUUCUAGACGCAGGUAGCUAGAAUACCUAUGGAAUUGUGCUUUUAAGAUGAUGAGAAGAAAAUUGAGUUCCCAUUUAUCAAAUACUUUGCUAGCUACCUACGUUUCAAACUUCUUGGCCCUCUCCAGUACAACACAAGCAGAAUACCAAAUCAGAUACCAAGAUGGAUAUAACUACCAAAAUGCCAUCGCAGGUUUAUUGUCUGUUGCUCUAUCCAAUUAUGUCAAUUUCAAAAAUUAGUGAGAGUCAAUUCUAAAAAUAAGAGCUUACAGUUUAAAAUGAUACUAAACGUGUGGACUCGCCAAAUAAAAUGAGAUUAUAUUUCCUAAAAAUGGAAAUAGGCAAGCUCCCUUGUACACCACCAGCCCCUUUGUGUUUCUAACAGAAUGCCCAAUUUCAGUUGUAUAAACAAUUUUUAGAUUAUGAACUUAAAUUUAUUUUCCGAGAGCUUUCUUAUUUGGAUAGGAAGUUGGUUAUUUUUUUUUUGCCCAGAUACCUGGGGACAUUCUGACACCUCUUCAACCAAUAGAAUGAUGUGUUUGUGUCGGGUUUCAUAGCUGUGGACAUUAUUUGACACAUAUAAUUUAUUGUCUUGUUACAAUUCCAUCUUUAUUGUAUUGUUUUCUUCCUGUAUUUUCUCGGAUAAGCUCUGGAUUCGUUGAUAAAUGAAUUUGUACAUAAAUCACGUCGGUUCCCUGUUUGCCUUCGUGUGAAAAAAACCAGGAUGUAUUGGGAAGGAGAAUGUUUAAAAGGUCUUUAAAGUCCCCUUGCGAUCAUCCAGGACCAGGAAUCCCAAUCCUGCCAUAAUGGGGACAGCCUUUGUAUAAAAACAGAGGCACGACUACAUACCAAAAGGAUCGUUUAUUUAAAAAUGUCCUGCACCUCACAAGUUACGUAGGUAGAACCCUUUUCUAAUGCUUAUUUUAUUUUUCCUUUGCAAAAAAAUGGUUGAUUGAAAUUAGUAAACAGACAAUCAAUCUGUCAAAUGAGGUUUUGUAUGGGAGGGUUGAAAUAAAGACGUUACCUACUUGAUUUUAAUUUUAUUUAAUUUGAUUUCCUAUAGGCGGUUACACACGGACGUGAAUGUCUGAAAACAUGUACGCACAUACAUGAACGCGCAAACAAAAACAUCAAUGUGUAUGCAAAAUACCGUCGCGUUUUUGAAUGUGCAAACUGUAGAAUGACACUCAAAUGAAUUCUGGAAUCGCUAGAAAUUUUGUAUGCACACUCAGAAUACUGUAGCAAGAGUAGCAAGACUGACAGUUUUUUGCGAGCGUCUGUACAAAAGUGACAUGCACGUUGUUGUUUGCACGUAUACAGUGUGUCCCGCUUAAGGACUGACCACCCUUCUAAAAUGUUUAUUUUUCAAUUGAUUCAAUUAAUUUUUUUUUUGUCUUAUAGCUACUCGAAUUUGGCACUUAUUAGGCUCAUAAUUUUAUUUAUGCGGCUGUAAUGGUGUACAGGGUGUCCACAUUUAUAGGCUCAAAUUUCAAUAAGCACUAUUAGGGAUUUUUUUAAGAAAAAAUCUGAUAGCAGAUUCUUGUUUAGAUUGGCGUAAAACCCCAAUGUACUGAUUUUUGUUUCAAUAUGAUACAGGGUGAUCACAACAAAUUUUCAAAAUUUAAUGGACAAAACCGAAAAAAUGUCAUUUUUUGAGGCCUUGAGAACAACAAAACUUGAUACAACAUAGUUUUAGAACAUCCUUAACCGAAACUUGUGGUAAGCUUGCCUCUAAAUACAACAUUUUUGUGGUUUGAUUUCAUUAAAUUGUGAAAAUUUGUUGUCAUCACCCUGUAUCGUAUUGAAACAAAAAUUAGUACAUUUGGGUUUUAGACCAUUCUAAACAAGAAUCUGCUAUCAGAUUUUCUCUGAAAAAAUCCCUAAUAGUACUUAUUGGAAUUUGAGCCUAUAAAUGUGGACACCCUGUACACCAGUACAGCCGCAGAAAUAAAAUUAUGAGCCUAAUAAGUGCCAAAUUCGAGUAGCUAUAAGACAAAAAAAAAAAUGAAUUGAAUCGGUUGAAAAAUAAAAAUUUUAGAAGGGUGGUCAGUCCUUAAGCGGGAUACACUGUAUGUAUCAACCCAUCCACGUCCAUGUGUAACCGCCUUAUGUUUUGACUGGCUUGGCCUUAUUCAUGUGCACAGCCGAUAGUUAGCAUACAGUGUCACCUAUAAAACUUAUGCCAAAAUAGAAUGAUAUCAGGAGACAGUCAAAUAUGUGAUAUUAUGUUAAACAAAUAGUUGGAUAGCAUUAUAGGAAGAUUUAAAAUUGAAAACGUAUAAUGAAAUCCCAACCAAACAGUUAUAUUAUGUAAGACUUAACUCCUAUUUUGGCAUUUUUUCAACAUUCCAUAUUAUUUCAAUCACCUUGAACUAUCAAGUUCCAGUUUUAUUCAAGUACAAGAAAGAAGCAAACAAAUCCUCAAAUUUAACUAUAACAGACAUCUAACAAAAAUAUAAGAUAAUUCUACUCUAACCAAUAAUCGAUGUGAUGAUCUAUGAUUGUUGUUUAUAUUUUCACUUAUGAUUCCAUCCAGAAAAUAUGUAACUCAAGUCUAGAAGUACUGAUUUAUUAUACUAUUUAUAGACAGUAUUUUUUCAUAUUCAGAAGUCGCAGAAGUUUCCCAGUCAAACACUUAUGAUGUAAUGUAUAUUUGAAUGUCAAAUAAUAUAUUGUAUAUUUGAUAAAAAUCAGAAAAGAGAUUAUUAUAAAAACACCAGAGGUUAAGUUUUUUUUUUGGAUAUUAUAUUAUGUACAUUCUGAGAAACUUUAUAAACACAGCUGAAUAAUAGUAACCACAAUGAUCGUCAGUGUUUUUUUAGGAUGAUAGCGAAUUUUUAUAUACCUAAUGUAUAUAUUUAGUUAACCAACCAGCAAGAACCUGACUAUUUUAUUUAUUAUAUUUAUUUGUCGCGGUUAUUCUAUACACAAAACAUUCGUUAAUAUUAGGAAGAGUUAUUUGCUCAUAAGUUGAUCAUCCAUUAUUUUACCUCCAUAGAAGUUACUCUCUCUGUGGUGUAAAAAUGUGUUAAUGCUGCUACCAAAUUGUAGAAAUUGUUGAUACCCUGAGUGUCUAAUAAUAAAAUCAAACUAUAAUAUGCAACCAAUUUUUUUUUCUUAUGUAGAUAUAAUCAAGUGAUUUUUUUUUUUAAUUUGAAAUAGCGGGUAAUAUUUUAUAUAAAUUUGUUGUCUUCGUUGUUACAAAAUUGUUUAUAAUAUAAUAAUAAUCAUCAUCAUAGGCAUCCAUUCGCUAACGAUUAUCAUAAGAAUCUUGGACACCUUGCAACACAUAAGUAAUAUAUUUUUUUUUAAAUUAGCACAUUAGUUUCAUUAUCAUUAUUUUACUUAUGUGUAGUUUAGGGUAAUAUUUGCUAUAAUACUGAAUGUAUUUUUUAUAAUUAAAGAUCAAACAUUAGAGUCACAUUUAACUGUGACAAAAAAAAUCCAAGUUUACAUAGAAUUUUUUAUUUUUUUUUGUAUAAUGAGUAUUCUUAUUGAUUUUAGUUUAAAUUAUAAACUUGGAGGGUUAUGUACAAAUUCUUCCUUUGCUGUAUUUUAAUUUAUUCGAAGAUUAUAUUGAAUGCUCUAACAUUGAAGAUAAAUAAUUGGUGAAUUGAUUUAUCAGCGAUGUAAUAAACUAUUCUUUCAUAAGAGAAACGUAUCUUGGUUUCAAUCGCAGAAGAAAAUUUGGAAUUACAUUGUUUUAUACAAAGAUGAGUUUUGAAAACAACUCUGUUAGGUGUCAUUCGCCAUUUUAUUAUUUAGAGCACUCUGUAUAUAGGAGGUUUUUAGAAACCUUUUUGGCAAUGUCUAUCAAAAAAUAUAUUAUAUAUAUUAGGUACCUAACUCUCGCACAUGGUGUAAUGUAUUAUUUAUUAUUUUGUACAAAAUCAAAACAUAGCUUUUAUAAAACGCACUAAAAAGCAGAAAACAAUUAAUAUAUCUACAUAUUGUAAAAAUUUUAUCUUAACUUAGAAAAAAGUAAAUUAAUAAAAGCUGUGUGAAGAAUAUGAUAUGGGUAGGUUUAUAAUGAAAGUCUUUAGAACAGAAAUUGAAUACAUAAGGUCUGUUCCAACACAUCAAAACCGUCCCCUAAACGGGUUUGGAACCAUUCUGCUUACGUUUUGGACUCUCCACAUAGAUAAUUUUAGGUUUUGCGCAGAAUCUCGUGACGGUAAAUUGUAUGGUUUUUUGCUGUGUUGGAACAAAGCUAUAGUCUGUCUAAUACACCAGACACAUUUUUGUAUUUAUUUAAACUUAUGCAACAAGGACACUGCGUCAGGUUGCUUGUAAAUCUUAACAAUAAUUACCUCGCAAGUGUUGCUCUGGGGUAUUAGAUAAAAAAAUUGAGUUAGGUACCUAUAGAUUUUUGACAGGCCUUGCUUUUUUUUACCUAUUAUUGUUAUUAUUUUUAUUAAUUAAUUUAACAAAGUUCAUUCAAAGAUCUUUAUUUUUUUUGUCUGUUCAUUGUAGAAUAACUUUUGCAAUAAAAGUUUAUAUAAACAACGCGA